AUGGCUAGUGACAAACUUUUAUUAUUUCAAGGAUGUCUCUCUGUGUUUGGAGGAAUUUUGUUGCAUCUUACAUUUGGAUAUUUCUAUACCGUUUCCAACAUGGUUCCAUAUAUUAUGGACUAUCUAAGAACAUAUGUCAACCCAAACCUAUCGGAUAGGGACGCAAUUUGGUUAUCAGCGCUAGGAUUUUGUACUCAAGGCUUUUCCAUGCCUGCCGGUGGAUUAAUUGCAAAAAAAGUGGGGUUUAGAAUAGUGGUUGCGACAAGUUGCAUAUUUUUGAGUGGAAGCGUGUUUCUUACAUAUUUUACAAUCCAGAAGACAUUUGUUGGAGUAGUAAUAACAUAUUCAUUAACAAUGGGUAUAGGAAUGGGAUUCGCUUAUUCUGUGGUGUUCGCUGUCGCAACAACAUGGUUUCCAGAAAAACGUGGAUUGAUUGUGGGAAUAAUUGUAAGUGGAUUUGGCCUUGGAGCACUGGUAUUUUCGCCUAUUCAGACUGCUCUUAUCAAUCCCACAAACGUAAAAGUAGACAAUGUUACUCGCCACUUUACUGAUAUCGAACUUCUUGACCGGGUACCUAGAACCCUUUUAAUUUUGGGAGGUAUAUUAUUAGGGAUUCAGAUAAUCGGCUUCCUUCUUCUACGCCCAAGACCUUCUUCAAAACAGGUAAAUAUAACCCAAAAGAUUCAAGCUUCAAAUGACGUGAAUCUAUCACCAAAACAAAUGUUCCGCUGUAUUGAUUUUUAUUUAUUGUGGCUCGUGAUGUUCUGCAACAUUAUUCCUAUUACAACAAUCACAUCAACUUAUAAGCAAUUCGGUCAAAAGUACAUUUCAGACGACAGAUUUUUGUCAGCCAUAGUUACUAUUUCAUCUCUAUUCAAUUGCGCUGGUCGUGUGAUGUGGGGUUCGAUUGCUGACCGAUUUUCGUUUAAAGUGCCAUUAUGUGUAAAACUUACUAUUUGGUCAGUCGUUCUAAUAACAUUUCCACAUUUGUCAUUAUUUUCGGAAACAGUAAUCAAAAUAUUAUUUCCUAUUUGGGUAUUCGUCUUAUUUACAUUAUUCUGCGGAACAUUCGUCCUCAUUCCAAAUGCAACUGGCACAGUUUUUGGGCCAGUCAAUUUAGCUGUGAAUUAUGGUUUAGUAUUUCUAGCAUUUUCGUUUGGAAGUUUUGCAUGCGCAAUUUUCACAACAUUCUUAACCCCAGAUGGUGCUUAUGUAUUCCAAUACACUUCCUGUGGAGCCGUUUGUCUAGUGGCGCUGUUUAUCACAUUGUGGAUCGAGGAUAGAAAAACACCAGAGAAAUGUCAACUAUGCGGAUGUUUUGUUCGACGUUGUCUAAAAUUACGAGUAAAACAACCGCUAAGUAGUCCACAUGAACUACAAGCGCUUAGAUCAUAA